UGAGUUUCGUUUCGUCAUCCUCUUCGCUAGUAGAAGGAAAAAUUUCUUCCACGAACGAUUUGGCAGCCAGCACCGUCGCAGAUUAUAGUCACAAAGUUUUCUCUCGUCCAGCCGACAGCACCUGUGUGUCCCGUCGUUCUCCAUCACGUUCGAGUGGAUAAUCCGUGCGUGCGUGUGUGUAUCUCGGUCACGCGGCAGUUCCGUCAAGAAAUUUCCGCCCCGGUUCAUUGGAUCCCAGGCCAUUUUCCCUGCGUAGAUUGAAGGGUGAAGUUAUCACCAGUGCAGCAGAAGCAGUAGCAGACGGGAGAACGCCAAGGACCAUAAGAUGGCAAAUCGUACUUUGUCGGCCCAGCAGGCCUCCAAGGAACAUGUUCUGGCCGUGUCCAGAGAUUUCAUCUCGCAGCCACGACUGACUUACAAAACCGUCUCCGGUGUAAACGGUCCGUUGGUCAUCUUGGACGAAGUAAAGUUCCCUAAGUUUGCCGAAAUUGUGCAGCUGAAACUGAACGACGGUACUGUCCGCUCCGGUCAGGUGUUGGAAGUGAGCGGCUCCAAAGCCGUCGUCCAGGUGUUCGAGGGUACCUCCGGUAUCGACGCGAAGAACACCCUGUGCGAGUUCACCGGCGAUAUUCUGCGUACUCCGGUAUCGGAGGACAUGUUGGGUCGUGUGUUCAACGGUUCCGGCAAACCCAUCGACAAGGGACCUCCGAUUUUGGCUGAAGAUUUCCUGGAUAUUCAGGGUCAACCCAUCAACCCGUGGUCACGUAUCUAUCCGGAGGAAAUGAUCCAAACCGGUAUCUCGGCUAUCGAUGGUAUGAACUCGAUUGCCCGUGGUCAGAAAAUUCCGAUCUUUUCAGCAGCUGGCUUGCCGCACAACGAAAUUGCCGCCCAAAUUUGUCGUCAAGCUGGUCUUGUCAAGCACACCGGAAAGUCGGUGAUAGACGAGCACGAGGAUAACUUUGCCAUUGUGUUCGCUGCUAUGGGUGUCAACAUGGAAACUGCUCGAUUCUUCAAGCAGGACUUCGAGGAGAACGGUUCUAUGGAGAAUGUGUGCCUGUUCUUGAACUUGGCUAACGAUCCCACAAUUGAACGUAUUAUUACCCCACGUUUGGCACUGACGGCGGCCGAAUUCUUGGCGUACCAGUGUGAAAAGCACGUGCUGGUCAUUUUGACCGAUAUGUCCUCCUAUGCGGAAGCUUUGCGUGAGGUGUCAGCUGCCCGUGAAGAAGUACCCGGUCGUCGUGGUUUCCCCGGUUAUAUGUACACCGAUUUGGCUACCAUCUAUGAGCGUGCGGGGCGUGUUGAAGGUCGUAACGGAUCCAUCACUCAGAUUCCUAUCUUGACUAUGCCUAACGAUGAUAUUACCCAUCCGAUUCCCGAUUUAACUGGUUACAUUACCGAGGGUCAGAUCUACGUCGAUCGUCAGCUGCACAACAGGCAGAUCUACCCACCAGUUAACGUACUUCCAUCGUUGUCUCGUCUGAUGAAGUCUGCUAUCGGAGAGGGAAUGACCCGAAAGGAUCACUCGGAUGUGUCCAACCAGUUGUACGCUUGUUAUGCCAUCGGUAAGGACGUCCAAGCCAUGAAGGCUGUCGUCGGUGAGGAAGCGCUGACCCCUGACGAUCUACUGUAUCUGGAGUUCUUGACUAAGUUCGAAAAGAACUUCAUCUCCCAGGGUAACUACGAGAACCGUACCGUCUUCGAAACGCUGGACAUCGGCUGGCAGCUGCUGCGUAUCUUCCCCAAGGAAAUGUUGAAACGUAUUCCGGCUUCAAUUCUGGCCGAAUUCUACCCAAGAGACUCCCGUCAUUAAGCUGUCAUCAUUCAGAAAAAAAGAAGAACAAACACAAAGAGAAAGUUUGCCACUGCUGCAGUUUAUGUUUAUCCUUCGUCCUUCUGCAAUUCGUUGUUAUCAUGUUGUUUAUUAAUUGUUUUUUUUUGGCCAUAAAUCAUAUGAAUGAUGGUCGUGAGCCGAUAAAGUAUUGUUAUUUAAUGUAAAGGAAAUUUGAACCCUUCUGCUAUUACCAACGAAACAGCCAAUCAAAGAGUUUCAACUUAUCGAGAAAAAAAAUCGAUGGAUAGUUUUCAAUUAUAUUCGAGUGUGUGUGUUCCGGUGUAUCUAUUCAUCAAAUGUCAUUUCGUUAAUUCUUAUACUUGUGUAUCACUGUGGAAAUUAAGCAUUCCUAAUACCAGGAUGGAGAAAAUGACUCCGAAAUUUCAUGCUAACAAAAAUGGUGUCUAAAUACGAAAACGAUCAAAGACAUAGGUAUUUCCCUCGGACAAUUCUAAAGCCCUGAAAUGCGGAUUUUUUUUCUCUACCAGUCGCGUGGAACAGAAUCGACUUUCAACAAAAUAAUUACCAACCAACCAACAAGGAGUGAAUAACAACAAUGACAAAAUCCAUCCUACAGAAAAAAAAACUGUGCAAACUAAACAGCAAAACGUCAUUCAAAGAAAGAAGCGAAGGUUGAAAUUGAUUCCAGAGGAAAUUCUCAGCAUCGAAUUUCCUUGGUCAGCUUUCCUGGGCGCACGUCGACUCGCAACAAGAUCCGUCACCAAAAGCCAAGAGUCGGUGGGAUUGGUGGGUCGAGAUAGUUCGUCUUCAGGGCGAGAAUUGCCCUCCGACCGUGGAAAGCCGAGUAGUUUUUAUUUUAUACUUUGUUCACAAUGUUAGGGUAGAAAACAAUCAACAGCUGGAACAAUCUUAUUUUCAUUGUAUGAUAUGCUUUUGUAUUAAGCAUUAGUAACGUUAGCCAAUCUAAUCGAGGAAGUGGUUUAGCUGUAGUCACAAACAAAUCGCCAGCACCCGGUCCAGUAGUAUGUAUAGCGAAGUGCGCGCAACCACGUUGCUAAAAAAUCGCAUACAAGUUUUGGCGCAAUGUUCUUAUAUUUUAUUAGCAUAAUAAUUUAGCGAUUAAGUGCAAGCGUUUCCUUUUUGCAUGUUCUUAUUUCUCGUCGUAUAUGGAGAAAUUCUUCCGAAAGGAUCAUCAAUCCACCACCCUGCAGUGAGGUGAUUCUGGCAGUUUAAUCCAAUUUUGUGAAAGCAUCCUUCUUUGUCUCAUUACCAACUGAAAGUUUCUCUGUCCUUUGGUUAGUAAUCCCCUUUAAAUAUCACCACUUUGAAUAUCUCAGCUAUUCUGCUGUGUUGCGAAAGCUAUCCUCCAACUAAUGCGACCGUCAUAGCUGGAAUAAUCGAAAUUACUAUCAUUUGAUAAGCUGAAUAAUUCAACAAUGAGCAAAUAUACACUGACCAUUUGGAAGAGCUUGAUAAAGGUUUGGAUGCUUUCAUCAAAUUGGGGAAAAAACUGAACCGGCUUCACUACCAACCGCAAUGUGGUGGAGUGGUCUAAAGGAAGAAAUUCUGUACAAUAAGUAGCUUGUAAGUUAGAGAAUAGACUAGAGAAAGUAAUCAAACACAAAAUUAUAAGCAUUGUUAUGCGACGUCACAGAUUAUUUUGGCUGGAGGGUAAAAAGCAAUUCAAAACUCUUAGUCGAUUACAUCAACAUCAGUAAGUAAAUUGAGUGGAUAAUUGAAGAUAUUUAAUCGUUUCAAGCAACGGUAACAAAUGAAUAUAAUAGUGAUUCUAUAGCUGUUGGAGAAAUAAUUUUAUUCACCGUAUACACUAAAAUAAAACAAUGAUAGUGAAAACAAAAAAAAAUAUAUAAAAGCGAUAAAAACCUUAAA